AUGUCUGCACUUCGACGGAAAUUUGGGGACGAUUAUCAAGUGGUGACCACCUCGUCCAGUGGGUCAGGCUUCCACCAGCAGCAAGGGUCGGCCCACAAGAAAAAGCGCCAGAGGUUUGUGGACAAGAAUGGCAGGUGUAACGUGCAGCACGGCAACCUGGGCAGCGAGACGAGCCGCUAUCUGUCGGACUUGUUCACCACCUUGGUGGACCUCAAGUGGCGUUGGAACCUUUUCAUCUUUAUCCUCACUUACACGGUGGCCUGGCUUUUCAUGGCCUCCAUGUGGUGGGUCAUUGCCUACAUACGGGGUGACUUGAACAAAGCCCAUGAUGAGAAAUACACCCCGUGUGUUGCCAACGUCUACAAUUUCCCCUCUGCCUUCCUCUUCUUUAUAGAGACAGAGGCUACUAUUGGGUAUGGCUACAGAUACAUUACAGACAAAUGCCCCGAGGGCAUCAUCCUCUUUCUUUUCCAGUCCAUCUUGGGCUCCAUUGUGGAUGCUUUUCUUAUAGGCUGUAUGUUUAUCAAGAUGUCUCAACCUAAAAAGCGGGCGGAGACACUGAUGUUCAGCGAACAUGCUGUCAUAUCCAUGAGGGAUGGCAAGCUCACCCUCAUGUUCAGGGUGGGCAACCUUCGCAACAGCCACAUGGUCUCCGCACAAAUCCGCUGCAAACUUCUCAAAUCUCGGCAAACUCCUGAAGGUGAAUUUCUGCCCCUCGAUCAACUUGAACUGGAUGUAGGUUUUAGCACAGGGGCCGAUCAACUUUUUCUUGUGUCACCACUUACAAUCUGCCAUGUGAUCGAUUCAAAAAGCCCCUUCUAUGACCUUUCUCAGCGAAGCAUGCAAACUGAACAGUUUGAGAUUGUUGUCAUCCUAGAGGGCAUUGUGGAAACAACUGGCCUAAGCUGUGUUCUUAUCAUUGCUUUGGUAACAGAUCUGGCCUAUCUUCAUCAAGGUCAUCUUAUUCUCUACUCUGAUUUCUGCCCAACAUGGUUCUUAACAGAUAUGCAAAUAUGUGUAUGCUCUACUGUUGAUGAAGUUGUGAAAAUCUUAGCUCAAAGUUUGCUGUGCAAGUGCAUUUUAGAAGUGCUUCUGGCUUAUAGAGUG